AUGGUCUUUUUUGAGAAGGUUCUUGUGUAUUACUAAAGAAAUGAGUGGCCACAAAAGAACCGAUGUUUUGACUGAUGGAUUACUUCACUAUGGUCAUCAUUUGUACUUCAAAUUUGGUGUUAGUCUUAAAGCAAAAUAUUUGAGAGCAGAAACUCUUCUCAAGGAUGUCACUUCAAAGCUUAAAGCAGUUACCGAUAAACUCCCAGUUGAAUGUGAUACUGUCAAGAUACAAGAGUGGAAAGAUGAAGAAGUAGAUGCUUUAAAGCCAAAAGAACAAGGUUUGAUACUGCAGUGGGAUGAAACUUACGUAAGCCUCCUUCUUUCAGCUAAAAAGCUCAGAAAUGAAUUAACUUGUGUGCAGGAGGAAGACCAAGAGAAAGUCAGAGAUGUAGAAAAGAAAAUUAAACGAAACGAGAAGGCUAUAAAAGCCACGGAGAAAAAACAUAAUGUAAGAGAAAGAUGGUCUGAUGUAUCCCAUGUUUUCAUUACUGUCAAGUCGCGACUGAAUGAAAAAAGAAAAAGCGAACUGUUGCUGAAGUUGCACUGCAUGGCAUCGGAGAGGUGUUUUUUGGUAGAACUAAAGCUAAAGUAUGCAGAUGGUCAAGCAAUCGCUACAAAGCUUUCGAAACAGAUUGACAAAGUUGUGAAAUCAAUCAACAAGACUUUGUCGGAAGUUAAUGGGUUACUGCCUGUUGAUAAGCAGAUCCUGUAUGUUGAGGCUAAGGAUCCAAAAAGUAGCCUUUACUCUACGAUGACAGAUGGAGGCACUACUGUACCAGCCACUCUAAGGAGACAAAUUAUUGAUUUGUCCUGCCUGAGCAAGAGGUGUGAAGAGGAGACCAACAUGUUGAAGGAGGAAAUGAGGCGACUUGUUUCCUUUAUCCAUGAGCAGAUCAGGCUGAUAGACGAAUAUGUGGAUACCCUUCAGCCUGAUGUCCCUCUUAAUGCAGGAUUGACAGCAUGCUUGAAGUAAAAAAGGAUGGUUUACUCUAAUCAAGUUUGCUUUUUGGGACGGUUAUGGAGUGGUAUCUGGGAUA